ACGCGCGAGUCUGCUGAAGUACGACGGACAUUUUGCAACGCUUUUUCCAAACAGAAAAUAUCGUUAUUCAUUCAGAAGCAAGACGCGACGAGGUACGGCACGACAUUCGACGUACAGAGGAAACCAAGAGGAAGUACAGAUGUUUAGGAGGACUGUGUUGCAACUAAUGUUUGUAUAAAAGCUUACAUUGUGUGGCGACAGCCCUCGACUCAACGGCUAAAAGAUGUCGGACGAAGGCGCGAGGGAGGACGCCUGCCGCGAGUAUCAGUCCUCGCUUGAAGAUCUGACUUUCAACAGCAAACCGCACAUCAACAUGCUCACCAUUCUAGCCGAAGAAAACAUCCAGUUCACCAAGGAUAUCGUCGCAAUAAUUGAAGCACAAAUUGCCAAGGCACCUGCUGGUGAGAAGCUCCCAGUUUUGUACUUAGUGGAUUCCAUAGUGAAGAAUGUUGGAGGGGAAUACCUUGAAGUGUUUGCUAAGAACCUAGUCAAUUCCUUUAUUUGUGUAUUUGAGAAGGUGGAUGAGGCCACUAGAAAAAGUCUCUUCAAAUUGCGUUCCACAUGGGAUGAAAUUUUCCCCUUGAAGAAACUAUAUGCACUAGAUGUGCGUGUGAACUCAAUAGAUCCUGCCUGGCCUAUAAAACCAUUGCCACCAAAUGUGAAUGCGAGCAUACAUGUCAACCCAAAAUUUUUGAAACCGACUGAAGAAACAUCUCCGAAGCCUCCUGCACCACAACCUCCAGCUCCGAGCUUGACACAAGAACAAUUGAUAAGGCAACAGUUGCUUGCAAAGCAAAAGCAGUUGUUAGAACUUCAGCAAAAGAAGAUAGAGCUUGAACUUGAACAAACGAAAGCUCAGUUGGCUGCCAGUCCUGCUAUUGCUUCAAACCACCAUGUCGGUGCUCCUGCACGUUUUGAUAUCUCAGCAAAAGUCACUCGUACGGUUCCUGCACCACAAACCAAACCUUGGCUUCCAGCACCAUCAGAAAAAAUGUCAACCAGAGAUCCUAGAUUAAACAGACCUGGUGCAACAGCUGUAAAUGCAAAAGAACAAGUAAUGCAUAAGAAGGAGAGUCAGGUCACACCAAACUUUCCAAAAACAUCAGAAAAAAGAGGACCAGUCUCAGCUGAAAGACAGAUUAAGUUGGAGAAGUUGAGGAUUCCAAAAAAGGAUAACUCUGCCAUUGAGGAAAAGCCUAAAUCCAAGUCAGUGUCACCAUCUGGAAAAUGUAUCCUUGUCAGACCCAGAGGAAUGGAGUCUGAACAUUCAAAGACUGCUGAACUGAAUAAGAAGGACCCAAGGCUACAUAAGCAGAUGCAUGACAGGACAGAUUCAAAAGAUGAUGAUGUCCGAGAGAAGAAAAGAAGUUUAGAGAAGAAGGAUGAAGGUGUCAAAAACUUGGAUCAUCAGAAGUCCAGCAGCACCAGGGGCAAGCUUAUAAAUGGCUCUCUAAACAAGCAUGAAAGACUUGAGACAUUUCUGAAACAAGAAAUUAAAGUGAACAAAGCAAAUGUUAGAAAAAGGUCUCGGUCAAGAUCACGUUCACCACCGUUACAUUCUCCCAAAAGAAAAGAGAGGCGUUCAUCUCCAAAGAGAAAAAACAGGAGUAUUACUCCACCCCCCAAGUCUGGAAAGGCUAGGAUAAGUAAACAUCAACAUAAUGAUGAUGCUUUUCCACAGUCAAGUCUAAGAGAUGAACGAAGUACCAAGAAAAGCGCCCCAGAACCAAGACGACCAAAAAGGCCGCUUGACGAUAAACCUGCUGUUCAGAAAGAUGGACCGCAGCAGAGAAUUUUUCCUGCAGAGCAUAAAGACACAAAAGAUAGCAAGAGAUGGAGGAGUGGAUGGGAAGAAAAUAAACAUCCCAAACAGUCAGAGUCAGAUCUCUCACAUGGACGACUAGGCACCCAGAGACGCAAGACUUGGAGCACUAAUCAAAGACUGUCCACACCUCGUACACCUAAACAGCAUCGCUUGAGUGUUGACAGUAACAUACAAAUACCAGAAGCACUUAAUUCUGCAAGUAAACGGGAUCUUUUAAGGAAGGCUAGCAAAAGACAUGCUGAUGGUGAAAUAUCCAGUGACGAAUUCCUCAAUGUAGCCCAUCAAAUAAACCAACUUUUUCAGUAUCAAGAGGAAAGACAGCGGUCUGACUCUUGGGAUGACUCGUGUGAUGAGGGAGUAUAUCAAUCAAAAAAGAAACAACAAGGAAUGUCUGAUGCGGAGCUUUCUUAUCUUGAGCAUAAAUCUAAGUUGAAAAGAACACAGCUUCAGCGUCCAGUGCAAAAAGAUGGCCAGUCGCCUUUGCAUGAAAUGUUCUAUCAGCUUCAACAUGAAAUGACUGAACAAUACAGUGAAAGCUCAGAAGUGCAUAAAAUGUCUGAUGAUGCCAUAAAGCCUGACCAUGAAGAUCCUAGAAGAACCGACAGGCCUCCAUCAUGUACAGGUUCCACAUUCAGAAAUUCACCAAGCCCAGUCAACUUGGACGGAACUUGUGGAAAAUCCACAGGACCGCCAUUUGAACGCUCAUCAUCUCCAGUUGAAAUGGAUCAACAAUCAGGAGACAUCAGCCCAUGUUUUGAAAGUCCCAACAGCGUGCACUCUGGCACAGGUCCAGAUGAUGGUCCUAUAAGUGUAGAGGUUCUUCCAGGGCAUGAUCAUUUCUUGGAACAGGGAAGAAGUGGACGAAACCAUGGUGAAUCUCCUGGGAAUACACCGACUCACUCCUCAGAAGGAUCUAUGGCACAGGUGAACACGCCACGGCAUGAUGGACCAAGUAUUCCUCAAAGGUUUGAUAGAUUUAAGAGUUCUCAAGCUCCCUUUGAUGGGCCAUCUAGCCACAUGAGAGAGCCAAGGUUAGAUGGUCCUCCAAGACCUUAUGCUCCUCCUCCUCGGUAUGAAGGCAAUACAGGGGGAUUUGAUGGGUCUGGUGGACCUGUAAGGUAUCCUGGACAUCGCUUUGAUGCCCCUCACCGGUUUGAAAGAUUUCCCAUAGCCCAUGAAAGACCUGUGAGAUUUAACAACCCAGCAGUAUCACACAGGCCAAUGAGGUACACAGAGCCUCAUAGCGUGGUGAGAUUUGACUCUCAGACCCCAGUUCGUUAUGACCACCCAAUGCACCAAAACAGAUUUGUUAAUCCACCAAGGUUCGAUAAUCCUCACAUGCAACAUGGUCCACCAGGAUACGAGGAACCACGGUUCCCGGCUAGACUAAUGAAUUAUGAUGAACAGCAGGGUACAGUUAGAUUUGAUAGUCCAUCAGGUGGGAUGCGUUUUGAGAACCCGGUGCAGCCUGAACCCUUAAGAUUUGAUGCACCGCCUGUCAUGCCAAGAUAUGACCCACAAGGUCCUCCAAGAUACUGCGGUCCAAAUAUUCCAAACCAGCUCAGACCACAGGAGCCAACAAUGUACGAUCAAACUCAAGGUCAAGCUCCUGUGGUAAACCCUGCUGUACCACCACCUACUUUCAACAUUCCACCCAUGAACACGUAUGGUGGCCCGGCCCAACAGUUUCCCAUGCAGCAAAAUGUUUCUCAAGCAUCUAACUUCAGUGUGGCAGUCCCUACGUCAUCGGAUUUCCAGGGUUCAUUUAGACCUGCUCCAUUCCCUGGUCCGGGUGUUGGAAAUGUUCCUCAGCCUAUGAUGGGACCUCAACCCUUCAUGCCACCAAACCAAAUAUCUUUCCAGCCUGGUUCCCAGUUUCAGCAGCCUGAGCCCGAGCCAUUGAGGCAAAUAGAUGUGAACGAUCUGUUAUCAAAACUUAUAUCCACUGGAAUAAUAAAACCUGCACAAACAGACUCAACGACUGACUCCGCUUCAGCAGGUCAGACUUUAUCUGUGCCUGAAGAGGAAGAGGAGGAGGAACAAGAGGAAGAUGAAGAUGUCCCAGACUUGACUGGCUUUGUUUUGGAGGACAUGAAACAGAGACACGACAGCAUUAUCACCAAACUAUAUACUGGAAUCCAGUGCUAUUCCUGCGGCAUGCGUUUUACUGCAUCUCAAACGGAUGUGUAUGCAGAUCAUUUGGACUGGCACUACAGACAGAAUCGUUCAGAGAAGGAUAUCAGUAAGAAAGUUACACACCGCCGGUGGUACUAUAGUCUGACGGAUUGGAUUGAAUUUGAGGAAAUCGCUGAUCUUGAGGAGAGGGCAAAGAGUCAGUUCUUUGAAAAAGUUCAUGAAGAGGUUGUACAGAAAACUCAGGAAGCAGCCAAAGAGAGAGAGUUCCAGAGCGUAAAGGCUGCUGCAGACGUCGUUCAUGAGCUGUGUGAGAUUUGCCAGGAGCAGUUUGAGAUGUACUGGGAGGAGGAAGAGGAAGAGUGGCACCUGAAGAAUGCCAUCAGAGUCGAUGGAAAGACAUAUCAUCCCUCAUGCUACGAAGACUACAAAAAUACAUCCUCCUUUGUGGAUUGCACACCCUCACCCAAUAAAAUGCUUACAGAAAACCCUUUAAUAGCUUUCAUGAAACAAGAGCAGGGUGAUGAGGCGUCAUGCUCCAGUAUUAAAGAAGAGCCCUCCGAGGACGAUAUGGAUGCACCAACGGUAAAAGAGGAGGUUCAGGUUAAGUUAGAAGGAGAAUCACAAACCAGUGCAAUUAUUUUCUAACUAUGCUGCUCCUUAGCCACUUCUUUUUGUGGUUACUUUAGCUGGUCUUUUGUGUUUUUGUAAAUAAGGAUAUUUUUAUAUUGCAGAGCUCUGGGGCAGGGACCUCAGCUAGUCACUUGAAAUACAUUUUUGUAUUUGUAUUUGCCUGCACAUUUCAGGUAUUUUUUGCCAUGUGAAUGCCCAAUGAAAUGUACUGUGAAAGAUGUACGUUUGGGGUAAAUGUAUAUGUAUAAUUUAAUUUAUAAAUAAAGAUAUUUUUGGUAUUCUUUGUGUAGUAUUGAUAAAAAAGAAGUUUGAAUUUGGGUUUGGGGUUUUUUUGGUUCUCAAUGAGACAUUUGUUCUGACUUUUGGAGAAUGGUUGAAUACUAAUUUAUGAAUGACUUUGUUUUGCCUCCAAAAAACAAGGGAAAACCCUUUUCAGUCAUUGAUAAUUCCCUAAAUCCAGGUUUGGGGCUGAUUGUAAAUUAUUAAUAGUUGAUGGAACAUAAUUUACUAUGAGAAUUUCCCUGACCUCAAUAUGUAAAUAGUUAUUUCAGUUUACUACUGUAUUUGGUUCAGAGUAAUGUGUUUAGUUAAAAAUGAAAAAAAAAUAUGGGUGUUUUUUUUUUCUCUCUCUCUUUUUGCAGAGGUUCAAAUGGCAAUUUUGCUUUAUUCGGAAUAUUCAAUAAAAAUUGAGGAAGAAAUAGUGUCUUGUGUGUAAAGUGAUUAUUGUGCGCUUUUUGACUGAUUUAAAGUUGUCAGUUUCAUGCAUAAUCCUAAAUAAAGUUUCAGUGCUAAUGGAA